UUAGCUACCCAGCAUUCAACUGUUGCUCUAAUCCGAUUUGAACGGAUAGGCUUAGGACAACUACCAGUCUGGGACCAUACUGCCAUAUUGUUUGUUCUUUUUUAAUAAGAAAACAUAAAGAACAUACUGUUUUAAUUUUUCUUUAGUGUGUCAACAAGAUCUUUCUGAGACUCUCAACCGGCUGUAGGUAUGUGUUGUAGUUUAUCAAUCUGAAGACGACGCUUCCUCUUUUUUAUCUUCUACGUUAGUUAUUAUAGAGAGUUGAUUGCCUGUAAGUGACAUUGAACCGAAGAUGAAGGACCGACUGGAGCAACUAAAAGCGAAAUCAGACCAAACACCUGAUGAUGUGGAAAUUCCAGUGGAAAAUAAAGAGUUUAUGGAUGAGUUCUUCAUACAGAUUGAGGAAAUCCGGACCAGUAUAGACCAGAUUGAUGAGAAUGUGAAUGAGAUAAAGCGACUGUAUUCUGUCAUCCUUUCUGCAGCUACAUCAGAGCAAAAGACACAGGACGAGUUGGAGGCAGUUACCAAUGAGAUAAAGAAACUGGCCAACAAUGCCCGCAACAAACUCAAAAGCAUUGAGCAGAGCUUGGCAUCUAACACAGAGGAGAGAAUUUCAGCAGAUGUACGGAUAAAGAAAUCCCAGCAAGCAAUUCUUGCUAAGAAGUUUGUGGAGGUGAUGACCAGAUACAAUGAAGCACAAGUGGAGUUUAAAGAGAAGAGCAAAGGGCGCAUCCAGAGACAGUUGGAGAUCACUGGUAAAACCACUACUGAUGAGGAACUCGAAGAAAUGCUGGAUGGAGGGAAUGCUGCAGUAUUCACAGCAGGGAUAAUGGACUCUGGCAUAUCAAAGCAAGCACUGAGUGAGAUUGAAGCAAGACACAAGGAUAUUAUGCGACUGGAGAGCAGCAUAAAGGAGCUGCAUGACAUGUUUGUGGACAUUGCAAUGCUGGUGGAGAAUCAGGGGAGCAUGAUUGACAGAAUUGAGAGCAACAUGGACCAGUCGGUGGGCUUUGUAGAAAGAGCAGUGGCCGACACUAAAAAGGCUGCCAAGUUUCAACAGGAGGCACGCAGGAAAAAGAUGAUGAUCAUGGUGUGCUGCACAAUUCUGGCCAUUGUCGGAGGUUCUGUGGUGUAUAGCUGGCUUACAUAAACCUUCAACAAGGUGAAGGUUAUCGUCUCUAAAUUCAUAAACUGUCAUCAAUAAAAUGAAGCAUCUUUGAGCCGAUGAACCAUAAGCACCCUCACAUAUAUUUUCUGUGUUUCUGUAUCACUAUUUCUUCUUUUUUGUCUUUUGUUGUCUUGCUAACUUAUCAAUUGCCUUGCAGUGUUAGAUGCAUUGUAGUAAAAUGAGUGCAAGCUACCUGGGAAUUUUAUAAAGGGCUAAAUUAUAAAGUGUCUAUUUUAUUGAGAAUCAACAAUAUUGUUUCAGGGAACUUAUAUGUUUUGUGUUAAGAUAAAAGAAGUUAAUUGUUUUGUUGUAGAGGCCUCAUCUUGGUAACUGGCACGGGGACCCACCCUAGGCUUCCAGUGACAAAUAUUUUGUGCACUUAGUACUUAUUAGAAAAAAACUCUUAACCCUUAAUUUAUUUUCACGUUUAGGUGAAGAUAAGGUUUAGGUUUUUUUAAAGAGGGUGAUAAGUGACCCUUUAUUAUUGAUCAUUUGUUAAUUGUAGAGUUGUCUUAUUGUGUAGUAUUGAGUUAUUGAAGAGUAGCACAAAAGUAUUACUGUAUUUCUAAAGUAAAUGUAUUUGCUUUAUAUUGAUAAUUAUAGAA